CUCCGCCAGCCAAGAAACCAGCAAAAAUAUUUCGCAAUGGAUGUAGACGAUGAAGAAAACAUGAGUUCGAGCAGCACCGAUGUUAAAGAAAACCGCAACGUGGACAACGUUCCCCCCAAGGACGGCGGUGGGCAAGGUGCUGGGGAGGGGACGCAGCUCUCCAACGGCGGUGGCAGCAGCAGCAGAAAGCGUCCUUUGGAGGAGGGCAACAAUGGCCACUCCAAAUUUCGCCCGAAGAAGAGGAAGAAAACGCCCGGCCCUGUUCUGCCAAAGAAUGCCCUGAUGCAACUUAACGAGAUUAAACCUGGUUUACAGUACAAACUCCUCUCCCAGACAGGGCCGGUCCAUGCCCCCAUGUUCGUGAUGGCAGUCGAAGUCAACGGGCAGGUAUUUGAGGGGUCUGGCCCGACAAAAAAGAAAGCCAAGCUUCAUGCUGCCGAGAAGGCUCUGCGGUCUUUCGUCCAAUUUCCAAACGCCUCGGAAGCCCACCUGGCAAUGGGGAGGACUCUGUCAGUCAACACGGACUUCACCUCUGACCAAGCGGACUUCCCCGACACCCUUUUCAAUGGCUUCGAAACGCCAGUCCCUUCUGAUGCUUCCUUUUACCUAGGGUCCAAUGGGGACGGGUCCUUUAGCUCUAGCGGGGACUACGGUUUGCCGUCAUCUGCCGUAGCCAGCAGCCUUUCCCAGUCGCCUCUCCCUGCCCCGUCGCCCUACCCCUCUGCCAGCGGGAAGAACCCCGUCAUGAUCCUGAACGAGCUGCGGCCGGGGCUAAAGUAUGAGUUUCUCUCAGAGAGCGGGGAGAGCCACGCCAAAAACUUUGUCAUGGCCGUGGCAGUGGACGGUCAGACUUUUGAAGGCUCGGGAAGGAAUAAAAAGCUGGCAAAAGCUCGGGCCGCUCAGUCGGCCCUGGCAUCCUUGUUUAACAUGCAGCUGGACCAGACCCCGUCGCGACAGCCCAUUCCCAGCGAGGGGCUCCAG